UAUCACCAUUACAGAAUUAGACCAGAGCUGUGGUACCAUGAAGAUUUGCUCGAAUCCUAUUCGUUGGGCAAGUCACGUGUCUGAUUUCCAUUGUCCGCAGAGCAGGGUGUGUACGGCUGGGAGGCUGUGUGGGCUGGGCUGGGCUGGCUGGGUGUUUUUCUUCAGCAGCAUCCUUUAAUAUCUUGUGACAUUGCUUUUUUCUGAAAGAUGCUCUGAGUGGAGGAGACGUUGCGUUAAUCGGGAUGAUAACGGAUGAGGUUUGCGCAUACGAGGAAUGUCUGACAGACGCUUUCUAUUGCACCUGUAUGGAGACGGAAAGACGCGCAGAACUGGCCACCGCCCGAGUCGGUGGCUUUUUAACGCAGCGAGGAUAGUUAUGUCCUUUUCCAUUUAACCAAAAUGUCUAAAACCAAACAUUGCGAGGCGGUCAAGGUGGUGGUCCGCUGCCGGCCGUUCAGCAGAAGAGAGGGGGUAGAGUGUGAAAACAUUUUGGAGAUUGAUGACAAACGGGGGCAAAUCACCGUCAGGAACCCGAAGGCACCACCUGAUGAGCCAAUGAAAGUAUUCACGUUUGAUUCUGUGUAUGGCUGGGAUUCAAAACAAAGCGACAUUUAUGAUGAUGCAGUGAGACCUCUCGUGGAGUCUGUGCUUCAAGGCUUUAACGGGACUAUAUUUGCCUACGGACAAACUGGGACAGGUAAAACAUACACCAUGCAAGGGUUGUCAAACGACCCAGAGAGGAGCGGGGUUAUACCAAAUUCAUUUAAGCACAUUUUCACACAAAUAUCCAGAACUCAGAAUCAGAAAUACCUGGUGCGGUCAUCAUAUCUGGAGAUUUACCAGGAGGAAAUAAGAGAUCUGCUGUGCAAAGAUAACAACAAGAAACUGGAGCUUAAAGAAAAUCCAGAGUUUGGGGUUUAUGUAAAAGACCUGUCAUCAGUGGUCACAAAGAAUGCCACAGAGAUUGAACAUGUGAUGAGCAUAGGCAACCAGUCCAGGUCUGUGGGGUUCACCAACAUGAAUGAACAUAGCUCCCGGUCUCAUGCCAUUUUUGUCAUCACUGUGGAGUGCAGUGAAGUAGGGCCAGACGGUGAGGAUCACAUCCGUGUUGGGAAGCUGAAUAUGGUUGACCUGGCUGGCAGCGAGCGCCAGAGCAAAACAGGUGCUAAAGGGAAGAGACUUAAGGAAGCAGCCAAAAUCAACCUGUCUCUUUCAGCUCUGGGGAAUGUCAUUUCAGCUCUGGCAGAUGGGAAGAGCACUCAUGUCCCGUAUAGAGACUCCAAACUGACCCGCUUGCUCCAGGACUCGCUGGGUGGCAAUGCAAAGACUGUCAUGAUUGCUACAGUGGGACCUUCACACAAGAACUUUGAUGAAUCCCUGUCCACACUGAGGUACGCCAACAGGGCCAAGAACAUAAAGAACAAACCUCGGAUUAAUGAGGACCCCAAAGAUGCCCUGCUGAGGGAGUUUCAGGAGGAGAUUGCCCGGUUGAAAGUACAACUGGAGGAGCGCGUAACGCUUGCAAAGGAGAGGAGGACGAGAAGGAACAGCAAAAGACUGAGUAAAAUUAUGGCUGGUAUGGAAGAGGAGACAGUUAAAGAGAGGGAUGUGGAGGUUUGGAAGGCUGCUGAGGAGGAAUCAGAGGUGAAAUUUUACAUGAAAAAGUGGGAUGAUGUCCCCAAAGUUCUGACCUGCCAAGAAAGCAGUGAGAAGUUGAAGCAUGUGAAGGAAUACAGAAAAAGUAUAGAGGACAUGGAGUGGGAUCAAGAUGCUUUGGAGAAGAUUAUAGAGAAAUAUAAGGCUAUGGAGAGUAAGCUGUUAGUUGGAGGAAAGACUAUAAUUGAUCACACCAAUGAACAACAGAAAAUGCUGGAGCUAAAGAGGCAGGAGAUUGCAGAACAGAUAAGACGUGAGAGAGAGCUCCAGCAGCAGAUGAUGCUGCAGGACGAAGAGACCUUAGAAAUGAAAGAAACAUUCUCCUCCCUGCAGCAGGAGGUGGAACUAAAGACAAAGAAGCUAAAGAGGUUGUAUACCAAGCUACAGCUGGUGAAGGGGGAGAUAGAUGAUGUCAUUGAUGAACACAUCAUAACCAGACAGGAGCUUGAACAGACACAGAACGAACUCACCAGAGAACUCAAGUACAAAUAUCUCUUAAUUGAGAAUUUCAUACCUCCUGAGGAAAAGAACAAGAUUAUGAACAGGCUGCACUUCGACAGUGAGGAGGAUCAGUGGAGACUCCAGCCAGUCAUUCCAUCUGAGAGUGCACCCACUCAAGUCAAAAGAAGACCAAUCUCGGCUGUGGGACAUAAGAGGCCAAUCAGUCAAUAUGCACAAAUGGCUGUUGCCACGGCAACGGUGGACCCAUCCAGGUACCAGGCUGAGAAUAUAAUGCUGCUGGAGUUAGACAUGUCUCCACCAACCAUGUUCACCUUGAAUUUUAAUGGAGCUCACCUGGAGAGAGCCUUUACUCCCAGGCUGUUGUGGGAUCUUCCCAUUAGCGAGAGGACCACUGUAUCGUCACGAGUCAGGAAAUCCAAAUCCUGGUACCAGGCACCACAGACAGCCUCUGUCACAUCAUCCUCAUCAUCGACCACUCUGACAUCUCAGAGCUUCUCUCCCUCUCAGAGACAAAGACCAUCCUCUGCUGCCUAUCUUCCAGUGGGAGAGCCAGUUCAGACAAGCCCCUGAUAAGUGUUAGUACACCUGUACCUAUUGGCCGCGGUGGCACUAAGGACUUCAGACUGGCUAAGGAGCAAGUGGGAGCGAUGGGGGAAAAUAUUAUGCCUUGAUUUUAAAUUUAUUUAAAUUUCCCCUAUUUGAAUUACUUUAGUAAGCAUGUAUUUAACUUAACUGGAAAGGCAAACCGGUCAUUUUCGCUGUGUCUGUCACAUGAAUGCAGUGGAGUCUGUGGAGCUCUUUGAAGUGAUCUUUGCCUGUUUGCUUGCUGCUUCUAAACCAUUUCUAUCACUGGCCUACCCAGAUAGCACAGCCAUAACUCCCAGGUUUGAUAUAUGUAGACUGUUUCAGGGACAUUUUCAGUCCUGAUUGCAAUUUUAUUUUCUUUGAUCAAGUUUUUACUCAACAAAAACACUUCAGUCCCCCUUUUCCAAAGGUAAAAGACUACACAAUGUAUCUGGUCAGUGGAGGGCGAUGGGUUAUGCUUGAUGAAUUGUUGCUUCAGUUUCUAGCUAAUGUAAUUGUGAGCCAAAAAUGUGAAGAAAGCUUGCAGUGCUCUCUUGUUUAGCUGCCUUAUUUUUCAUAGUUGUGAAAUUGUGCACAGUCCAGUUGCUUACACAUGAAAAUAAACAAAC